ACUGUUGAUGAGGGGAGUGGAACCUCAACCCAGCAUGUUAUCAUGAUAGAGUCUGCAGAUGCAGAGACUGCAGGUCCUGGGGUCAAGAUGGAGAGGUCUGAAGGAGAGGAAGACCCACGGCACAGCAGAGACAUCCAGACUGAAACACCCUCUGUAGCCAUGGAGGACCCCACCACCGCCCCAGCGCAGCCCAGGACCCGAAGCAGCAUCACUGAGUCAGUAGACAUGGAGGAUGGGAAGCCUAAUCUGCUGCUGGUAAAAGAGGAGACAAUAGAAGACGAACCAGAGAGCAUUGAUUUGCUGAGUGGACUAAAGAUGGGGGUGCAAGGAGACUGGGUGGCCAUCUUGGAUACCCAGACCAGUGCAGCCAAGAGCCCAGGGGACAACAUCAUUGAUCAGGGCAGGACCAGAGGUGAAAUAGUGGAGUCUGCAGCCCAUGAAGACCUGCUGAUAUCCAGUGUUACUGGUGGGAGAGAGUGGACCUCUGAGGUGGCUGGCCAUAAACCCUGGACCCGGAUCAGGACCCUGGAUCAGGAGCCUUCGCUCUUCAUUCCCGAGUCGGAACCAGGACACAAUCGCGAAGUACAGAGACUCCACCACACAGAACACAACCAGUGGACAGGUGGACUGAACAACCUCAGUCCUGGUGGUCAUCAGAGAGACAGAGGCUCCAGUCAGGGAUCCAGUCUGCAGUCCAGACCCUUCUCUUCACAGUCUCAGUGUAGGGAUGAAGCAAGGCCUGGAGCUGAUAGAGAUAGACCCUCCUGUUCCUAUGAUACGAACAGAGCAGGUCAACCUGGGCUUCAGCCUUCACAGAGAGUGGUGGGAGACCCCCCUGGUGGUAGUUUUUCAGCAAGUCUGUCUUCUCCUUCAGGUUCUCAUCUAAUGCCUGGUGACUGGAUUCAUGGAAAGCCUGGGCCUGGGUCUAACCUUCCUCAGUUUCCUCCUGGUUACCCCACCAAUACAGACAGGGUCAGCAUGGGUGUACAACACGAGAGGUACCUAGCCUAUAACACAUCACAUAAUCCCAACAACACCCAAACAAUGGCUAGAGGUCAGGGAGGGAGCUCAAAGACUAACCAUCUGAGGGUGGUUCUACCUGCUUCUACCUCCUCUGGUGUCAUUGGGUCACAACAUGGGAGACCGAGCAUUAGGACAGAUGCAGACAAGCCGUAUGCCUGCCCCACAUGUGGGAAGAAUUUUGCUAAGGCAAAAUAUGUGAAGCAGCACCAGACCAUUCACACCAAUGAGAGGCCCUUCAAGUGCAAACUAUGUUACAAGAGCUUCUCCUUCCUGAGUAUCCUUAUCAGACAUAAGAGUGUCCACAAUGGGGAGAAAUCGUAGCAGUGUGGCUUGAGUUUUACGCAGGGGAUAUCUGGGAACUAUUCUUUAGCUUAAAUAUUAUUGUUAUCAUGUGAAGUGUCUUGGGGUAAGAGAGUUUUUUGGAUUACUAAGUCCCUCAGUAUGUGGGCAUGCUGUCUUUCUCACAGGAUACAGACUUCUUGUUUGGUGUGCUGGCAUAGCUAUAACACUGUCAUUUAAGUCUAACACUAUAUUCACACUUUGAAUUUGGUUUUGCCUGUGUACUAUUCAUAACAAAAAUAAUGUCCCUCUUUUAUAUAACACCUUUAUAACAGGCAUCUGUUUCUUUAUGUACUAAAAAUAGAUGAUCUGUUACGGUUUUCUUGCAGUGAAGGAGAGGAGGACCAAAAUGCAGCGUGGUUAUUAUUAUACAUCUUUAAU